CCCAAAAGGAAUUGUAGUACCCAAUUUUCUAGUACCCAAAUUUCCACAUCAAAAUAUAAUGAAGCUUGUAGAAUAUCAUAGAAGAAGAAUAUAAUAUGUGUUUAUAUCCAUUUAAGAAAAUUUGUUUCAAUUAUUACUUUUGCUAAAGUUAGGAAUGAAUAAUAUAAUGGGAGAAAUGCCAUGAAGCUACCAGAAAACUCUUGCAACUGCUAAACUACUGUUAUUUUGACCAUUGACAUAUCGAAACUAGAAGCCUCUUUCACUUGAAUCACUUCUAUAUAUAGCAUUCUGAUCACAACCAAAUUCCAUUGUGGAAAAAUACAAUUGAAGCUUGAAGCCUUUGUUUGCUUACUUUGUAGAGUGUAGACAUCUCUUUUCAUUUUUGUGUUAAUCUUUGUUUAUAGUUUUGCAGGCAUGUCACUCAUUCCUAGCCUUCUUGGUGGCCGAAGAACCAAUGUCUUUGAUCCAUUUUCUCUAGAUGUAUGGGAUCCUUUCGAUGGGUUCUUCAACUCUGCAUUGGCUCUCAAUCUGCCUUCUUCAGCACGCGAAACUUGGGCCUUUGCUAAUGCAAGGAUUGAUUGGAAGGAAACACCAGAAGCUCACGUUUUCAAAGCUGAUCUUCCAGGGCUGAAGAAAGAGGAGGUGAAAGUUGAUGUUGAAGAAGGGAGGAUUCUUCAGAUAAGUGGGGAGAGGAGCAAAGAGCAAGAAGAGAAGAAUGACAAGUGGCAUCGUGUUGAGCGAAGCAGUGGGAAGUUCCUGAGGAGGUUUAGGUUGCCUGAGAAUGCAAAGAUGGAUCAGAUUAAGGCUACCAUGGAAAAUGGUGUCCUGACCGUGACUGUCCCCAAGGAGGAGGAGAAGAAACCUGAGGUUAAGGCCAUUGAGAUUUCAGGCUAAUAUCAAUGGUGAAAACAUUUUAAGUGUCGUGGGCCUCAAUUAUGGAAAAAUAAGCAAAUGCUGUUAGUUUUUGUUUGUGUCUGAGGUCUUUCCAAUGUUAUUCCUUAAUGCUUUUCAAAUUUGAAGAUGAUGUAAGAAUGUGUGACAAGGUUUUGACUUUUGAAUAAAUUAGUGCUUCUUUGAGUUUGGUCAAACCAGUUUUCUUGCGAUGUUAUUAUGGCUUUUUAUAUCUAAACUUUGUUUAAGGAUACAAAGCUUACCUGAUUCUCUGCUUGCGAAGAGGUGACAAAU